UUCUGCUAGUGUCUCACCUUGGCCAUUUUCUUUCUGACACAAAUUCUGCCAUGUUGCCUCCAAUUUUACCCUUCUACCCUCUUAUCCUUCUCGCACUUCUAUUCAUUAUAUCAGCUCUGCUACUGUCUCACCUCAAACGAGCCCAAGAUGCCCGGAAACAACCGCCGGGUCCACCAGCCUGGCCGGUUAUCGGCAACCUCCACCUGCUGGGUACCCUCCCCCACCGAUCCCUUCAGUCUCUGGCCAAACACUACGGACCCUUCAUGUCCUUGCGACUAGGUCAGGUCCCUACAAUUGUAAUCUCUUCGCCUGAAGCAGCCGAGCUUGUCCUCAGAACAUACGACACCAUUUUCGCAGGCCGCCCAAAAACUCAGGCGUCUCAAUACCUGUUUUACGAUUCCAAGGGCUUGGCUUUCUCCGACUGUGGCCCCUACUGGCGAAGUGUGAGGAAAUUCUGUAAUCUCCAGCUUCUGAGCGCGUCAAAAGUUGAAAUGUUCGGUCCCAUCAGAAAGGAGGAGGUGGGAGAACUGAUGAAGUCAAUCGCGAAAUCGGCGGCGGCGCGUGAGGUGGUGGAUCUGACCGAGAAGGUGGAGAAGGUAGUACAGGACGUUAUGUACAGAAUAAUAUUGGGGCGGAAGAGGGACGAUGGAUUGGACGCCAAGAGACUGGUUCGUGAGACGUUGAGGUUGGCCGGAGCCUUCAAUCCCGCAGAUUACGUUCCUUCGCUUGGGCCGUUUGAUAUUCUGGGCUUGGCCAAGCAGUUGAAGAGGAACGGGAAGGAACUUGAUGAGAUGUUGGAAACUAUCAUUAAAGAGCAUGAAGAGGAACCUAAUGAGCAGAAAAAGCAACAAAAGGACUUUGUAGACGUCUUGCUGACUUCUUCCACAGAUCUGCAUGACAAUCAACAAAGCCACGCUAUUGAUCGAACCAACAUCAAAGCCAUCCUUCUAGAUAUGAUUAUUGGGGCAACUGACACUUCUAUUAGUGUCACCUUGUGGGCUUUCUCAGAACUCUUGAGGAAUCCAAGAGUGAUGAAAAAACUCCAGAACGAACUAGAAAACGUAAUAGGAAUGAAUAAACCUGUAGACAUUUCUGAUUUACCCAAGCUGAGUUAUCUGGACAUGGUGAUAAAGGAAACUUCACGAUUAUACCCAGUUUUACCCUUACUGAUUCCUCGAGUGAGCGUAGAGGAUAUCACAAUCAAUGGUUACUACAUAAGAAAGAAUACACAAAUAAUGGUGAAUAUAUGGGCUAUAGGACGAGAUCCAGAAAUAUGGUCUGAAAACGCUGAAGUGUUUUAUCCUGAAAGAUUCAUGAAUAGUAAUAUGGACCUUAAAGGUCAUGACUUUCAACUCUUACCAUUUGGUUCAGGCAGAAGAGUGUGCCCUGGUAUGCAAUCUGGUUUGACUGGAGUUAAGUUUCUUGUGGCACAAUUAGUGCAUUGCUUUAAUUGGGAGCUUCCACCUGGCAUGUCUCCCAGUGACGUGGACAUGACUGAAAAAUUUGGCCUUACAAUGCCAAGAGCUAAUCACUUGCUGGCUCUUCCAUCUCAUCGACUGCCAGGUCCACCUUCCUGGCCGGUUAUCGGCAACCUUCACCUGUUGGGUACUCUCCCGCAUCGGUCCCUUCAGUCUCUAGCGAAGCACUAUGGACCCAUCAUGUCCUUGCGGCUGGGACAAGUCCCUGCUGUUGUCGUCUCUUCCCCUGAAGCAGCCGAGCUUUUCCUCAAGACGCACGACGUCGUUUUUGCAAGCCGCCCGGCUAGUCAGGCGUCGGAGUUCCUCGCUUAUGGCUCCAGGGGAUUGCCCUUCAUUGAAUAUGGCCCCUACUGGCGCAGCAUGAGGAAGCUCUGUACUGUGCAGCUUCUGAGUGCGUCCAAGGUGGAGAUGUUCAGUCCCCUGAGAAGGGAGGAGUUGGGACAGUUGGUGAAGUCGCUUGAGAAAUCGGCGGCGGCGCGUGAGGCAGUGGAUGUGACGGAGAAGGUGGGGCGGCUUGUAGAAGACAUAAUGUACAAAGUGAUACUUGGACGCAACAGGUACGAUAGGUUUGAUCUGAAGGGGCUUAUUCGUGAGGCACUCACCUUGGUUGGAGCCUUCAAUGUUGCGGAUUUCGUGCCUUUCUUGGGUCCACUUGAUAUUCAGGGCAUUAGAAGACGCAUGCUGAAGACGAGCAAGGAGCUUGAUGAGAUAUUAGAAACCAUUAUGAGAGAGCAUGAAGUGGCACCGGUAGGGCAGAAUGGAAGACGUAAGGACUUCGUGGACAUACUACUCUCUUGCAUGAAUACUUAUGAUGAUCAGCAUAACUUUGUCAUUGAUCGAACCAACAUCAAAGCCAUACUUCUGGACAUGAUUGCUGCUUCAUUCGACACUUCUGCUGCUGUUGUUUUGUGGGCUAUCCCAGAACUCUUGAGGAACCCAAGGGUGAUGAAAAAACUCCAACACGAACUAGAAGUCCAAGUAGGAAAAACCAGAAUGGUUGAGGAAGCUGAUCUGCCAAGGUUGAGUUACUUGGACAUGGUGAUUAAAGAGACCAUGAGACUUUACCCUGUUGGACCAUUAUUACUCCCUCGAGUGUGUAGGGAAGACAUCACAAUCAAUGGGUAUCGCAUAAAGAAGAAUUCACGACUCAUAGUGAAUGUAUGGGCUAUAGGAAGAGAUCCUAAGACAUGGUCUGAUAAUGUGGAGUCAUUUUGUCCAGAAAGGUUCUUGAACAGCAACAUAGACUUUGGAGGACAUGACUUCGAAUUCUUGCCUUUUGGUUCAGGUCGCAGAGGAUGUGCUGGUAUACAGUUGGGUCUUAUUACUGUGAAGCUUAUUUUAGCACAAUUAGUGCACUGCUUCAAUUGGGAACUACCGGAUGGCAUGUCUCCUGAUGAGCUGGAUAUGUCUGAGACAUUUGGCCUAUCAAUGCCAAGAGCUGAUCACUUGCUAGCUGUUCCAUCUUAUCGCCUGCUGAUUAAUUGACCAAUUUUUUCAGCUCAAUAAUGGGUCGUACUACACAACCCUCUUAUCCUAGUCAACGAAACAAACGUUAUUGGAACAGUACAAUAAGUUUCAUUUUUAAUUGGUCAGUGUGGAUGUAAUCUUCUUUACGGAAAUAGCUAAAAAUUAUGUAAUAAUGAAUUUAUUUUAUAAUGUCAGAUUAUUUCCUUCC